UUUGAAAUCAGCGUGCACGAGUACCAGCAGAUUACAGCACACGAAGGAUCAUCUUUUGGGUGAAUACAAGUGUGCAAAGAUGGCAGCUCCAUACAGCCCCCUGACCACUCACGCCCUGAACACCGGGAUUGGAGUCCCUGGAGCCCACAUGGCCCUCAGCCUGCAUCGCCUGGAUCCCUCCACUUCACUCUGGAACCUUCUCACCACAGGGACUACUAAUGAUGAUGGGCGUUGCCCAGGACUCAUCACCAGAGAAGCUUUCACUCCAGCGGUGUACAAGAUGCGCUUUGAGACGGGCCGAUGCCGGGAGAGUCUGGGAGAGACCUCUUUCUACCCAUAUGUCGAGAUAGGCUUCACCAUAACGGACCACAGUCAGAAGUUCCAUGUUCCUCUGCUCUGCAGCCGCUUCUCCUACAGUACCUACCGGGGGAGCUAGAGAGUCUGUCACUCAUCCCCUCUCACCAUCUCUCACCUGGGCCACGUUCAGUUGCCAAACGUUGUCUAAUCUCGGUUAACCCAGAACUAAAGUCUUGCGUAAUUGUCAGAUGUUCGAUUAAGUUCCGGGUCCAUAUGUGUUAAGGGAAGAGAUCGGAACCGGAACGAAGAGCUCCACCCUUCUCUCUUU